AUGGGAUCAACAUCAGCAAUUGCCAAUUUAUCAGUCAUCCAUGACAUGAGUACCACGAACCUGCAGACGACCCGCAGUAGGUACUCUGGCCCUCCACACCCGGACAUCGAUAGAGCAUGGGAUGACUUGUUCCGUCUGCAAAAUAUUCGAGUCACAGGCGAGGAAUUUGAUUUCAAUCAAAGAACGUCCGUGGAGCUGCUAGAAGGGGGUGGAUACAUGGCCUGGCUGGGGAUUUUUCACGAGCUGCAUUGUGUUGUGAGUAGCCCAUCCGAAAUGAAGAUCCUAAGGCAGUGGAAGUAUAAAGAGCACUACUUUAAAGAUAACUCUGAAGGCGAGAAUAGGCUUUUAGAAAGCCACACAGAUCACUGCCUGGAUCGAAUAAGAUCAAGUCUGAUGUGUCAUCCAGACGUUUCCUCAUUGGUAACUUUCUACUGGGGACCUGAUGCUCCUCAACCUGUUGUAAAUGCGACAAAAACGAUGCAUUCAUGUGUUAACUGGGAUGGGUUGAUGGAGUCUACGCGGUACAGGGCACUGCCAAGUCAGGAGUUGAAGGAAUUGAAGAAUCCCUUGUUGCAAUGA